AUGUCCUUCAAAGAUCUCCAUUACUCGCUUAGCCGAUUCAAGACCGAUGUACGAACACAAAUUGCUGGCAAGAACCCGUUUCAAAGUCAAGACACAAAGGCAUUAUCCAUGUGGAUAAGAGAAGAACGACACACGCAAGGUGCUAUGGCCAUGGCAGCCAAACAUGGACACGACAACAAUCAAGCUUUUGUACAAUGGCUAGCACAAGAAGACAAUGAUCAGGGACUUCAAGAUCUUGGUUACAUGUAUUUACAAUUGAUGGAAAAGCAGGUGGAAAUGGAGAACGAGAUUGCAGCAAAGCACGGGCGUUUCCGACAAGUGAUCAAAUCGAUCCGAGAACGCGAUCAACUUGUUUUAGCCGAUCUCCGCGAAAAGAAACAGGCCGUUUCGGCACGACUAGAGCAUUUACGCAAAAGCAGCCCUAAUUCAAAGAAACAAAUACAGCACCUUGAAAUACAACUGGCCGAUGUGGAAAAGGAGGAACGUGAGCGAGAAUUGGAAAUAGGCGACUAUAAACGUUUGGCAUUACGAGAAGCUUUUCAUCUUCGAUUCAACGCCAUGCAUGAAUUUGCACAAAAGGCCGCUGUUUUAGCAUCAGCAGGACAACGUCUCUCACAGCAACAGCGAGAUGACCCACAACAGGAUGAUCUAUUAUUGAUGGAAUGCAUGUUACAAAUUGAUGGAUGGCAACCACCAGAAGAGCAAACACGUCCCACAGUGCUUGAUAAAUGGAUAUUCCAACCAGAAGAGGAUGCGGCAUUGUUAACGGAUUUGGAGAUUGCCACAGCCACUCAUGAAAAACAAGCGGCUCAAAUGGUAGCAUCCUCCUUGGCAGAUGAAGAGAUGUCUUGUUCGCCACCACUACCGCCAUCGUCGGCACCACCAGAGUAUAAGGAAAAAGCACCCUACUAG